CUUUCCCCCAGCAGAGGGAGAAAGAUGGCGCCCACUCACGUACUGAGAUGCUGUCAACGGGGAUUAGCAUGGAUACCUGUGAUUUUCAUCGCCCUGGUGGUUUGCUGGUCCUAUUAUGCCUACGUGGUGGAGCUUUGUCUAUCCACCAUCCAAAGCAUAGGAGAGAAGGUCGUCUACCUCAUCUUCUUCCACCUCACUUUCGUCAUGUUUGUGUGGUCUUACUGGAAGACCAUCUUCACCAAGCCAGCCAACCCUUCCAAUGAGUUCUGCCUGCCCAAGAAUGAGAAAGAGCGCUACGAGAAGGAGGAGCGGCCAGAAUCCCAGCAAGAGAUUCUGUGGCGAGCCGCCACGAGUCUGCCACUUUACACCCGCACCGGAGCGGGAGCAAUCCGUUACUGUGACCGCUGCCAAGUUAUCAAGCCGGACCGUUGUCAUCACUGCUCCGCAUGCGACAUGUGUGUGCUGAAGAUGGACCACCAUUGCCCCUGGGUGAACAACUGUGUGGGAUUCUCCAACUACAAGUUCUUCAUCCUCUUCCUGGCCUACUCGCUCCUCUACUGCUUGUUCAUCGCUGCCACCGUGCUGCAGUAUUUCAUUAAGUUCUGGACCCUUUGCCGGAGGAAAGCGGCUGAGAACUGCCCGAAGAAUGAGCUGCUAGACACCCAAAAUACCGCCAAAUUCCAUGUCUUGUUUCUCUUUUUUGUGGCGGCCAUGUUCUGCAUCAGCAUUCUCUCCCUCUUCAGCUACCACCUGUGGCUCGUCGGGAAGAACAGGUCCACCAUAGAGGCGUUCAGAGCGCCCGUCUUCAGGACGGGCUCCGACAAAAACGGCUUCUCUCUGGGCUUCCGAAAGAAUAUUGCUCAGGUGUUUGGAGACCAGAAGAAGUUCUGGCUACUCCCCGUCUUCACCAGUCAAGGAGAUGGUCUUACGUUCCCCACUCGGCUCGUCACCGCCGACGUGGAGCAGCCGUCAGUCACCGUAAACCCUGAGUCGAACAAAAGCACUGUCGAAGUGACCGUGAGCCCACUCAGCGAGUCGCAGAACCGCCUCCUGUGCAACGAGCAGCACGCCAACAGCGUGGGAGACCACGUGGCGAACAGUGCCGUCAAGUCAUCCGCAAGCGACAGCAACAUCGUCUCCAUGGAGAGUGAAUCAUAACAAGGAACGACUCCUCAAUCAUCCAGUCUGAUGCCUUAAGCUGUGCGAUACUUUGUCUCAUCACCAUGGCGACAGCCCCUCAGCGCAACCUCAGAGUAACUAUGGAAAUGCAUUCCUUUCACCAGUCACGGCGUAGAGCCAUGACCAUGGCGUUGGUGUUUUUCCCGCAUGCAGAUGCCCCCCACAGGGCACGUAACACCUUUGUCUCACCCCCCCUCACACACACACACAUUUUGUUACGACACAUAUCUGUAUCGUUGGAUUCUGGACCUUUUAUGGAUGAUGCAGGAAAUCUGCAGAAGCUGCUUUUGGUGUUUUUAAUGAGUAUUUUUGUGGUGCCAAAAGCUACCUGGAUCCGCAUUGUGAAUGCAGUGAAAAGUGGGGGAAAAGCACUUUUUUGAUUCGUUUUCAGAACUCUUUUUGUCCUUUUUUUUUUUUUUUUUUUUUUUUUUUUUUUUUGAGGGUUUAUUAUUUUUUUUUGUAUUAUUUCCCACCUGAAGGAACGCCGAAGACGGAAUACUGGAUGUCGGGAGCACAAGAUGGUGCAUUUGCACUGCAGAGAUCAUCAACGUCCAUCAAACAGUGUGCUGCUUUUUAGCGGGUCAGCAAAGCAACACAAAGCUGAUGGAGUGUUGAUGUGUGUGUGUGUGUGUGUGUGUGUGUGUGUGCAGAUGUGCCGCAACGUAGCCUUUACUUCUUGUUUUUAACGCCACCCGCUUAAGUGGAAUUGAUUUCGAUGUUCCGUUCAGCCCGUGCUCAGCAAAUGAACAUUUCUUGCCAAAAUAAGGGCUGAGACUUCUGAACCUCAAAUGUUUACAGCUUCUUAGCUUUACCUCUUUGGGCCAAACAGCAUUAAAAGUCACGCCGUGGCGCUUUCUUUUCAAACUGGACCUCCUACCUGUUGGGUCAAUGUCGGUGUGGCAGUACCGACUCUGACCAGCAGGCGGCAACAGCUUUAUUUUAGCCAGCAGUUCUUCAGUAUCACCUUAUUACACAAAUAUCUCCUAUACGCUCAUUAUUUAUUCUGGGGGGGGGAAUGAAAGAACUUCUGCUGUGUGAGCUCAAUGUUGUGAUCAUCUCGCGUCAAUCAAAUCCGUCUCAUCAUUUUUGUACAAGAAGAAAUGACGCCAGUAAAUGAAAACCAGAUAUUCUCAUCUUGGCCUCCUCCACUAAUGACCAUGUAUUGCCAACAUUUGGACCUAGCAUCCCUUAUUUUCUUUUAAAAAAGAAAAAGGCCUCCUCUCUCUCUUGACCUUGAGAAGGGCACCUGCGUGUGUAUUUUUGCAAUGCGUGCAAUUGUGUUGUUUUGUAAUAUUAUCGUCUUGCACAGCAACAUAUUUUUUACCUAAGUGUGUACGGCGGGCCAGACUAAAGCUCCAAAAAGCGUGGCGCCUAACUGUAAAUAUUUACAAAAAGGAAAUGGAAGUGAUUUGAAGGUGUCGAUGUGGGAGCAAGGUGGUGCGUCAUGUCUGAAAGCAGCUUUACUCUGGUGUAUCCCAACUUGAUAAUAAACCAAGCCAUAAAACCACAAAUAGCUAUGUCCAUUUGUCAGCAUGUUCCCUGAUGUCAGCGCAACGUUCUCAGGGUUCUAUCCCCUUUAUAGCAAAAAAAAAACAAAAAAAAAGCCCCCUCUUAGUCUGCAUGCUUCUCUCACUUUUAUCUCUUGUGCAAACACAGUGGAGCUCCCAAAGUUGAACACAAUUUAGAGCCCAUGGUCAAACUCUUUCCAUCUUAAAACGGUGUUUACUGUGCAGGCAUGGAGGUACAAAUAACCGCAAUACUGUACAGUAAUCCCUCGUUCAUCACGGUUAAUUGGUUCCAUACCCGACCGUGAUAAGUGAAUUUCCACUAAGUAGGAUUUCUUAUUUAUAAAUCAUGAUACAUUUGCAGAAAACCUGUUUCCAACCUUUUAAAUACAGCUUUUAACAUGACCAGAGCCCUCGAGACAUGAAAUAACACCCCCAUAGUCACCUUGACACUCCUAUUACCCAACCUUGUAGACAUAAGAAGAGAAAAUAAGACAUAAUUUACACUCACACAUGUUAUCAUUUGGAAAGUUACUUCUUUUUUGUUGUUUUUUUUUUACUUCUGGUACUUCUGCGGUGGCUAUUGUCUCAUCAGUGUAACAUUCCAUUGCAUCUUCUGCCUUCUAUUUGGAUUUUAAUGCAUCUAGCCAUUUUUAUGCUUGAAAAUGUUUUUAGGUUAGGGCAACAAAUGUAAAACUUUAAUUUUUCUAUUAUAUUUUUAUUUUAUACAUUUUAAAUAUAACAUUAUAUAAUUAUAACAAAAAAAAAUAAUGUAAUACAUGAGAAUAUUCACAGGCAAUGUAAUAUAAUUAUUUAAAAAUUGUAUAAUUUAUCAUAUAAUAGUGUUAAAACAAUAUAAUUAUGUAUAUUAACAUACAUUUAGAAAUAUUUUUAUAAUUUUUGUAAAUGUAUAUAAAUACGCAUUUAUAAAUCAUUUUUAUAUUUUUACUAUAUUUUAUUUGUACUUUUAGCAUUUUACUAUUCAUAACCCCAGUCAACCAUGAAACGGCAAUGAUUUAUCACUUUUUUAAAAAGAUGAAGCUGUGAAAUUCCAAGUGCUAAGUGACGAGGGAAGCCAAACGCUUUACUUAAAGGGGGGUAAGUAACUGUUGAUGUACUACACUGCUGACGGGGACGUCAUACGACUUCAUGUCCACAAAAGGAAACUAAGUAAAACCACUCGCUGUUUGAAAGCGUCGGAGGGAGACUGUUAUUUCCGAAAUUCAUAUAGAACAAGUCCAUUUCUUAAAACUUGAUUCAUGAUUUGGAGUGCAUGAGAAAGUGGAACAAAAGACAGAGCUCUUUGACCACAUGCUCAUUUAUCAACAAGUAUAUUGCGCAACACGGGAGCAACCUAACCGAUGUUGAGCAUGAAUACAAAUGCUGAUCAAUACAAACGGCAACAAGAGGUUGCCCACAGCCACAGCUGACAUUUGCUAUGGAAAACUGCAAUUAAUUGAGACUUCAAUUGGCAAAUUGAAUUCAUAGUUGUACUGCUCAGAUGGCCAGAUGUGUUCGGGUGUCGCGGUAAAUUCCAUUUCCGGUUCCACACAUUUCCGUCACACAUUUCCUCCUUGCCGGUACUGAAAUUUCACAAGAUUUGCGGACAUCUCAGGUGAUGUCACAUGGGAGGUCGAGCCCCAUUCCCAGCCCCGAAAAGGAAGUGUGAGUCGGCAACAACAAAGAUGGAAACUUCCCUUAUUUCACCGAUGAGCUCACUAUUUUUCCACUUUGUACGCUUGAGCAAGGAUGCACACUCAGCAUACACUUCAUCAUGUUGCAAAAUAAGACCCGUGCGCUAAAUCAUUACUGUAUCUCUCCACAGGCAGACUUGUUGAACCUUCAUUCAGUGUCUGUUUAGCACCCAGGACUUUGACUCCUGCUAAAAAAGCAAAGCUUAUCCAGCUAAUAUAAACUUAAGUUCCUUACACUUCAUUUAAAUGCUCUUUCAACGUGUUGGACAGCAAGCGUUCACUGGCAUUGAGCACAAACCCCGCCUACUGUAAUGACGAAUGCGUUUUGUCUGUUUAGAGUGCGCUUAUUUACUCCCCAAGGCAAUGACCUCCGUGUCAGUCUUUCUCAUCGAGAGCGUCAACGGCGACUUGUUUCAAAGAAAACACGUCACAAGGUCACAAAGCGGCCUCGGUUCCUCUCGGGCAGCUUUGCAUGGCUUAUGCGUGACAGAUAAAAAGCCACCGUUAAAUGGCGAUGUGAGCGUCUGCAGUAUCCGCUCACAUUUGGCAUGAAAUGUUGCGUAUUGAAGGGGCCGUGCUACCUCAGAUACACAGUACAAUGUAAGCAAUGUCAUGAAUAAAUAUGACAAUGGAUAAUAAUGCCAUAUAAUUAUAAGAAUGAAUGGAUAAUAACAAGCAUGCACAUAAGGAUAACUACAAAUCUGACAAACUUGACACGGUGUCUGCCAGGCGUCUUCAGAGGGUGAGUACCAGCACCAGUUGUCUUAUACAGGGCUUAACUUAUUUUUACACUUGAAUGACAGUGAACCGGGAACUAAGCAAGUCGCUUUACAUUGUUUAGAAAUUAUAUUUGAUUUGAACAAUUAAAAUUAAUAUUUAAAUGAAUAAAAUAAACAAAAAAAACACAAUUGUACAGUCAGAACCAGAUUUUUACUCCUAAAAAAAUAUAUUUAAAAUUUUAUUGCAUGAAAUACAAUUAUGUUCAACAGAAAAUUAGUAAAUUUUUUUUUUUUUUUUAAUGGAAGCAUUUUGAGAAAUGCAAGGGUCUUGUCAGUACUUAUUGCAUCUAUUUUUUAUUAUAAAUAAUUAAAAAGGUUUAUAUUUUGUAUUUUAAAAAUUACAAUUGUAUAGUCAGAACUCGUUGCAUCAGUUUUUUACUCUUAAAAAAUAUAUUUAAUAUUUUAUUGCAUGAACUACAAUUGUUUUCAACAUAAAAAUGAGUAAAUUCAGUAUAUAUUUUUUUUAAUUGGAAAAAAUGUUAGAAAUGCAAGGGUCUAGUCAGAACUUGUUGCAGCUAUGUUUUUACUCUUAAAAAAAUACAUUUUAAUAUUUUAUUGCAUGAAACACAAUUAUGGUCAACAGAAAAAAAUUGUAAAUGCAAUAUAAAUUUUUAAAAAAAGGGAAACCUUGUAAGAAAUGCAAGGGUCUAGUCAGAACUUGUUGCAUCAGUUUUUUUUAUUCUUAAUCUAAUAUUUUAUUGCCAACUUGGUCCACCCAGUAGUGCUGAACACAAAAACUAAAUAGAAAUAUAUCAUAAAAUAUAUAAUACAUCAAUUCAAUACUCAUGUUGACCUAACAAUACCACGGUGUUGAACAGAUUUAAUAAAAUAACGUUUUUUAAAUAGGAAAAAAUACAAUUGUAGACGUAAAUAUAUAUUUAUUUAAACACACACACAAAAAGUUGGAUUAACUUAAUUGUAAAAACUGUGAAAAAGUGCGUAGUAAUAAAUACAUAAUCCUAAAAUGUUAAAAUAUAUAUAUAUAUAUAUAUGAUAUAUUUGUGCAUCGUAGCCUAUCAAAUGACGCUGUGAUUGUAGAUGUGUGUUGAGGUUGCCGCGUGU